CUCAGUUCCAUUUCAUCAUCACUCGAGUCUACAAAGAAUUAAAACAUUUAAAAUAAAAAUGAAAGUGAUUAGUCAAAUAAUUCAGAUUGUAUUUCUUCUAAGUUUAUUUGGAUUUUUUUGUGACUCAAUUGCACAAAUUCAAAAUUCAUCUCAAAACAUUGGAGACACGUGCGAUUUAGGAAAUAAUCAAAAUGGAAUUUGUCAAGAAUUGAGAAAUUGUCAGCACUCAAAGAAGUUGUUCGUUGAAAAGAAGUUUGCUGAUAUUAAAUUUUGUAAACCACAAGGAUACAUACCUAUUGCUUGUUGUCCUGGAACUAGUCAAUAAUUGUCAUAAUAAAAUAAUUUAAAAUUUUGCUUCCUCAACGAAUUUUGAUUUAUUUGUGUUGCUUUUCAGUA